ACAAAGUUUAAGCAUUGCUUUGAAAAUGAAGGCUAUUGCUAAAAGUGGUUAGGAGACUAGUCAUCGGCUCGUUUUCCAGAGACAAUAAAGAAUCAUAGACAUCAGAUAUAUCUGAUAAAGUGAUAUUAUUCAAUAAAUCUGGAUUACAGAGGGUUGGAUUGUUGCUUUUAUAAGUAUCAGAGAAUGAUUCCUUAAAAUCAAUUUUGGAAUAAGUUUAAUAAAGACUUUUGUUCUUUAUAUUUAAAGUCAUUUUUUGUAGCUUUAUUUAAGGUAUUUCCUUGCAAUCUCAUCGGAUAUAGUAUGACUUUUGGGAAAAAGUCCAUAGUUCAAACACUAAUAAUAAAUAGAGAAACUUUUAAAAUAGUUGCAACCAUUCAAAUUUCUUCAUUUACACUUUGUAAUUGGGCUUUAAUGAAUUUACUAUUGUUGUAAUUUCUAGACAUGCAUGUUUCUAUUGUAUACACAAAGAAAUUAUUCAUGAUUUUCUAAUUUAAUUAUCCUUUCAUAUUUAAUUUUUCAAAAAUUUCUUAAUAGAUUACCUAAUUGCAUAUUCCCUUUUUAAUGUGA